CCCGCCCCGCCCCUCCCCCGCUCCAGGAAGUUGCGGGGGCUCCAGCCGCCCGGCCGGCCUCGAUGCAUUCUGGGAAAGCAGCAGCACCAGGUCCAAGAUGGCGGCCAGCAGGAGGCUGAUGAAGGAGCUUGAAGAGAUCCGCAAAUGUGGAAUGAAAAACUUCCGUAACAUCCAGGUUGAUGAAGCUAAUUUAUUGACUUGGCAAGGGCUUAUUGUUCCUGACAACCCUCCUUAUGAUAAGGGAGCCUUCAGAAUCGAAAUCAACUUUCCGGCAGAGUACCCAUUCAAACCCCCGAAGAUCACAUUCAAAACAAAGAUCUACCACCCCAACAUUGAUGAAAAGGGGCAGGUCUGUCUGCCCGUCAUUAGUGCUGAAAACUGGAAGCCAGCCACCAAAACCGACCAAGUGAUCCAGUCCCUCAUAGCACUGGUGAACGACCCCCAGCCCGAGCACCCGCUCCGGGCUGACCUAGCUGAAGAAUACUCUAAGGACCGUAAAAAAUUCUGUAAGAAUGCUGAAGAGUUUACAAAGAAAUACGGGGAGAAGCGACCUGUGGACUAACAGCUGCUGCGGAGGAUUCCAGCGACUGUGAGCAGAGACGGAACAGCGCGCUCAGACUCCGCCAAGCGGGACUCUGGAAAAUCGACACGUGCCGCCGCCUGGCGUUCGCUCGUGGCAGUUACUAACUUUCUACAGUUUUCUUAAUCACAAGUGGUCUAGGUAACCUGUAAAGAAAGGAUUAAAAAUUUCAGAUGUUCUA